AUGGAGCUUGCCAUCUGCCUUCGAGACAGGAUUUUAAGCAGCAGGGCAUCUUGGAUGGACUUGAAUGAGGCCAUCGAACUCCAGCGAGCUGCACUGGCGCUCUAUCCUCCUGCCAUCGAUAGAUUCCAGCAGCGGGGCAUCCCGUCUGACCUAGAGGAGGCCAUUGAGCUUCACCGAGUUGCACUGGAGCUCCGUCCCACGGGCCACUCCGAGCGUUCUUCGUCUUUCAACAACCUUGCCAACAGCCUUCGAGACAGAUUCCAGCAGUGGGGUACCCUUCCUGACCUGGAGGAGGCUAUUCAGUUCCAUCGAGCUGCACUGGCGCUCUGUCCCCCGAGCCAUUCUGAUCGAUCCAUGUUUCUCAACAACCUUGCCAUCAGCCUUCGCGUCAGAUUAGAGCAACGGGGCAUCCUGUCUGACCUAGAGGAGGUCAUCCAGACCGGGCCACAUCUCUCAACAACCUUGCCAACAGCCUUCGGGACAGAUUUCGAGAAUUGGGGUGUCCUGGCUGAUUUGGAUGAGGCCAUUAAGCUCUAUCGAGCUGCACUGGCACUCUUCCUUCAAAUAAGUUUCAGUGGAGAGGGCGUCGUGUCUGCCUUGGAUGAGGCCAUUGAGCUCCAUCGAGCUGCACUGGCUCUCCGUCCGUGGGUCAUCCAGACCGACCCUCUUCCCUCAACAACCUCGGUCUCAGCCUUCAAGAUAGAUUCAAGCAGCGGGGUGUCCUGUCUGACGUGGACGAGGCUAUUGAGUUCCAUCGGGCUGCAUUGGAGCUUUGUUCUCCCGAUCAUGCUGACCGAUCCGGGUAUCUUAGCAACCUUGCCAUUAGCCUGCGAGACAGUCUCUCGUGGCGAUCUUCAUGCUGCGAAGACAUGGGCCGCUUUCGCAGAGGAGCUACAGCAUGGCUCUGCAUUGGUCGCAUAUCAGACCGUACUGAAAUUCCUGGAUCAGCAUCUCGCUAUCUUGUCGUCUUCUUCACGCCUUUUCGAUGUCGUCAGGGAGGCAACUUCGUCCCUUGCUAUAGAUGCUUUCUCGUGCAGUAUACGUCAUGGUGCUUUGAUGACUGCUGUCGAAUUGUUCCCACAAGUCCAACAACUGACUAUGCAAUGGGAUGAUGUCGUCUCACGCAUUCGCACAGUGCUGUCUGACUUCUCCCAAUUUCUCCUCCCCCCUCUGUUCUCUGACCUUCGGAGGGCGGCAGAAAAUGGCCCAGUCAUAUUUAGCCAAGAUCCCGUCCAUGUUCCACUCGAUAUCGGACGAACCGAAGUCUCCGAGUUGUCAUCAGAGUUCCAGUCCCUCGCAGAGCGUGUUGGUUCUUCCCAUCAUCAACUUGAAUUACCCAAGAUUGUCGGCAUCCUACGGAAGCUUUGGUUUCGUAUCGACCCUACAAGAGGAAAAGUCAUAAUUUGUCUCAUUCUUCUAUAUAUCCUCCUACACCCCAACCUUGUCGGCACUCAUCCGCGCAAGACCGCGGGCCAACCCGGACAAGGGAAGGGACUCCGAUGUGUCGCUCCCGAGUUAGCUGUUGUCGCUGAGCGUGUCGCGCCCAUCGCGUCCUUUACACCGCUCGCGGACAGCGAUGCAACAGUCCAGGGAGCACUUGAUGCAUUAGACCGAAAUCAAUGGCUUCACUUGGCCUGUCAUGGGGUGCCAAAUCGACAGCAACCAUUUGAGUCUUCAUUUGCGAUGCGUGACGGACCUUUGAUGAUCAAAGACAUCAUCCGGUCUCACUGGCGGGAUCCAGAAUUUGCAUUCUUAUCAGCCUGCCACACUACCGUGGGCAAUGCAGUUCUCCGGAUUCGCAGUGUGAUAGGCUCCAUGUGGUCUGUCGACGACGAGGUUGCACGCCAGGUUGUGUCUGCUUUCUAUGACAACCUGGUUGAUGGUUCGGGGAGCUUCUUGAGACUUGUUCGCCAUAUUUUGGGUGUAUUCUCUAUGAAUGACUUUUACGGAUACUUGGACAUUGGCGUUUACAGUACACACUCACAAUUCGUUAGUAGUCGUUCUCGACUGCAUUCCAAGCCAAACGCUACCGAAGUCGAAGUCGAUGGUCCCAGCACAUAA